AUGGCUUCCUAUUCGGAGAAGCAGGCCAACGACAAGGGUGAGAAACAUCAUGAGCUAGUUUGUGUGACUGGGGCAGGAGGCUUCAUUGGUUCAUGGGUGGUGAAGGCGCUCCUCCUCCAUGGCUACCGUGUCCGGGGAACUGCCAGAGACCCCGCUGAUCACAAGAACGCGCACCUGCUUACCCUGGAGGGAGCCCAGGAGAGGUUAGCCUUAUGCCGCGCCGAUCUCCUGGACCGUGACAACCUCUGUUCAGUGUUCAGCGGAUGCCAUGGCGUUUUUCAUGUCGCCUCCCCGAUCUCGGAAACCGACCCUGAGCUCAUGGUGGUCGCCGUGGAGGGAACCAGGAACGUGAUCAACGCGGCGGCUGACGCGGGCGUGCGGCGUGUGGUGUUUACUUCCUCCUACGGCGCCGUGCACAUGGAUCCCAACAGGAGCCCGGACACGGUCGUGGAUGAGACGUGCUGGAGCGACUAUGACUUCUGCAAGGAGACUGGCAACAUGUACUGCUGCUCGAAGAUAAUGGCGGAGAUCACGGCGAAGGAGGAGGCGGCCAACAGGGGGCUGGACCUGGCAGUGGUGGUGCCGUCGAUGACGAUCGGCCCCGCGCUGCAGCAGAAGCUCAAUCUGGGCAUCGCCUUUAUCAACCGCUACCUCACGGGCGCCAAGAAGACCUGCCCCAACGCCGUGGCCGGCUACACCGACGUCCGCGACGUCGCCCGCGCCCACGUCGUCGUCUACGAGCGCCCGGACGCACGCGGCAGGUACCUCUGCAUGGGCGCCGUGCUGCACCGUGCCCAUUUCCUCCAGCUGCUCCGAGACCUUUUCCCGCAGUACCCCAUCACCGACAAGCGUGAAGAUGACGGCAAGCCGAUGGCCAAGCCGUACAGGUUCUCCAACCAGAGGCUGAGGGACCUCGGGUUGGAGUUCACUCCCCUCAAGGAGAGUUUGUACGACAUGGUGGUAUCCCUGCAGCAGCAUGGUCACCUGCCUGUUGUUCCGGGGCCAGAUGGUCCACGCCUCUAA